GCAAUCCUUUUGUUAUCCAUAAUAGUAUUUAUAUUCAUUCCUCUUUUUACUUUAACACUCAAUAAUCUAACACUACUUCCAGGCCUUCUCCCCAACAGCAGAGAAGACUCAUUCUUAUAACUCGAUUCAGAUACGCGAUAGAACCUCUAUAUAUGCUGAGAACCAGCUCGAGUCUCCGCCCGGAUGAUCUUUUUCGUCUUGAUAUCUAUUAUACUACUUUUUUCUAUACAAUGUUCUUCCAAAACCCGAAUGCUUAAGCGUUUGCGAUAUUUAUUUUAUUUAUUUUCAGUCUUCAUUUUCUCUACGACUUUCUAUAUAUGCUCUAUCCCCAGCCGUAUUCAUGUCGAAACCCUUCGCUCUCCAGAUUGCGCUGAUAUAUCAUUCUCGACGUACCAAAAGACACAAACAAAUCUGCAUAUCAAGCUCAACGGCCACCAACAUGCUAGUGCUAUAUCCUCGUCACACAGGGAUUUCAUGAAUAGCAUCAUCACUUCCUCGAUACAAAUAUGGUUCACCUCGAUCAUCCACGAUAUACAUACCCGCACAAACAGUCGAAAUAUACAUAGAUAUCUAUAAAACCAAACCACACAACCCACACAUGUACAUAAUACAACCCCCAAC